UUGAAAGGCAACUUUUAAUUUGAAGGAAGUUCGGCUCGCAAAGGAGACAGACGCUGGUGAGAUCCUCGGGUCCGGGAGUUGCUCUGCCGAAGCGGCGGAGGGAUCAUAAAACGUUUUCAGCUUGAAGAGGCCUUGCUGCUGUCUCCCUCUCCUCUUGCCGUAAGCAUCGCGUCUGGCUGGCAGCUGGGAAGAGGAAAAGUUGGCUGCUGUCAUCUGCCACCUGAUUUCCAUGAGAAGAAGAAUGCAAACACGAAUAUGAAGUGAACCGUUUCCUAUGCUUGCCACAGCGCCUGGAUGCUCAUAUCGGAUGGUUAGAGACGGGGACUUGCCUCUCACCAAACUGCUUCCUCAGACAAGAUGAAGCCAAGGAGGAGCUUUCCAACACGCUGGAGUUGCAGUGACUGCUGCCCAAUUUAAAAUCGAUGUCAGACUGUGCCCCAGCUGCCUGGCAAGAUGAAAGAAGUGGUGUUGUGGUCACCCGAGGAGGUGAUGAAUUGGCUAACAGAAAAUGCUGUGCCGGAGUAUUGUGAGCCAUUGAAGAGCUUCACCGGGCAGGAUUUGAUCAACCUCACGGAGGAGGAUUUUAAGAAGACACCUCUAUCCCGGGUGUCUUCCGACAGCGGACAGCGGCUAUUGCACAUGAUUGAAACUUUAAAAAUGGCUCACCACAUUGAGGCUCACAAAAACGGGCACAUCAACGGGCACAUCCGUGUCAGUGUGAGCAACACCACACGUGAGAAUGGCUUUAGCAGUAAAAUGAAACUGAACGGGAUGCCAAAUGGCUAUAAGAAGGAGAUGAUAAAGAUCCCCAUGCCAGAGCCAGAGCGCUCACAGUAUCCUAUGGAAUGGGGCAAGACUUUCCUGGCUUUUAUUUAUGCACUUUUUUGUUUCAUCUUUACCACAGUGACUAUCUCAGUUGUUCACGAACGAGUGCCUCCCAAGGAGGUGCAGCCUCCCCUACCAGAUGCAUUUUUUGAUCGCUUUGAUCGGGUGCAAUGGGCUUUUUCUAUUUGUGAAAUCAACGGCAUGAUCCUUGUAGGACUGUGGUUUGUUCAGUGGCUGCUCUUAAAAUACAAGUCUAUAAUUAGCAGAAGAUUUUUCUGUAUAGUUGGCACACUAUACCUGUAUCGGUGUAUUACAAUGUAUGUGACUACACUCCCAGUACCUGGCAUGCAUUUCAAGUGUUCUCCAAAGCUUUUUGGAGACUGGGAAUCUCAUCUGCGAAGAAUAAUGAAACUGAUUGCUGGAGGAGGAUUGUCCAUCACAGGAUCCCACAACAUGUGCGGCGACUAUCUGUACAGCGGUCACACUGUCAUAUUAACUCUUACGUACUUAUUUAUCAAAGAGUAUUCACCACGGCGACUCUGGUGGUAUCACUGGCUUUGCUGGGCACUCAGCAUGGUUGGGAUGUUCUGCAUCCUCCUUGCUCAUGACCACUACACUGUGGACGUAGUGGUGGCUUACUACAUCACUACAAGACUUUUCUGGUGGUAUCACACAAUGGCCAACCAGCAAGUGCUAAAAGAAGCUUCCCAAACUAACCUCCUUGCAAGGGUCUGGUGGUACAAGCCCUUCCAGUACUUUGAAAAGAAUGUCCAAGGAAUUGUACCUCGCUCCUACCACUGGCCCUUCCCCUGGCCGGUGCUGCACCGGGGCAGGCAGGUGAAAUACAGCCGCCUGGUGAAUGACACAUAACAGCGUGUCGAUGGACCAAAUGGGGGGGAAAGGACCUGUCCCAAGUGCUAAGAACUCCAUAUGAGAAGAUGCCAUAAAAAAAUCAACCGCUCCCUAACCCUUUCUUUUAACAGUUCCCUUGACUUAACCUAUUCAGUUACCUGGUAAGCACUGUGAUCUUUUUUUCUCUCCAAAGGAUCUGCGUUGGACAACAAUAAAGAAAAUUUAACUUAUCAUGCACUGUUAUACAUUUCUUGUUAAUAGAUUUGGGAUUUACAUUUACCCAUCACCAUGUUCCUUUGUAUAUGAUGCGACAGCAUAAAUGAAAGCUUUUAUAUCAUAAGUUCUGGUCUUUCCAGUCAUGUCUGGGAAUAAAGCAUAUUAUUUUCUUGGGAAAACAUACUUUUCAUAUCUCUUGCCCCAAAGAUUGGGCUGUAAGCCAUUUUCUAGCAAAUGACUAUGUGAAGGUUUCUAAAUACCUGCCUUGGGUAAAAUCGAGAAAUCUUUCUACCUGUUGCACCACGCUACAAAUAAGAUGAUAGACACAGGAAGGUUUGGUAAUCUUGAUUUUGUAGAAUCUGCAGUGACUGUGUCAAAAAGUGCAAAAAAAAAAAAGAAAAAAAAAAGAAGAAAAAAAAGUUGUAAAGUGAUUUUCUAAGUAUUUCCUAACUUUAUUUUUCAAAAUGUGUAUGAAGAUUAAAUUUAAAAAGAUUUUUACAUGUCAGAGAAUAGAGAGUUAAAAUUUAAAGAAAAUGCUUCUUGGGAGAGAGAGAUUUGUCUAUGUUUCUAGUGCCUUUCUUGUCUUGAUUGUAUGGUCAGUAGGCAGUCUUAAAUGUUUUUAUUUAAAAUUAAGUAUUCCAUGAAAGCAGAAUUAUAUAUACUGUAUAAUUACUAAUUUUUGCAUUUAUAGCUAAAUCAAACUGGAAAUUUGCUUAUAAUGUUGAAAUUGCCAUGUGUAGGAAAAAAAAACCAAAUAAAAAGGGUCCGAUCUUGCUCACACAUUGUGGGCAGGUCAAACUAAAAAGUAUCACUUUAUUGUCUACUUGGUAGCUGUAUUUUAAAAAGAAAAACAGCCAUGAAUUCCUGUUUUUUAAGAAUUUUACAAAUGAUCACUGAGUGAACUAUGAAGGGUUUCUCCAUCCCGUAUUGAAAUGUUGUUGAAAAACAACAAAGAUAAUCUAUUUCUUUAAAAUAUUUGUGCAGAAACUGCAUGUAAUUAUAAGUUUCACUCCUACCAUACAUACUGUAUGUUUGGGGAAGUAUUCUAUCCUAAACUUGCCAAUGUGCAGAACAAAAUAGUUUUUUUUAAAGAAUGAAGAAGAGAAAAUAUAUAUAUAAAUAUAUAUAUAUCCAUUCUGUAUUUUACGUGAAGCAGAGUUAUCUUCUGUAGGGUUUUUGUGUAUUCACAAGGUGAUAUUUGUAUUGUAAAACAACAACGGUGAAGGAAAAUAAAAAGGCUUUUGAAAAA